AUACACAGUUUGAUGUCUGAUGGUAUAUGUUCUAUGGGCUGGUGGUAUUUGGGAGAUUUUAGCGGUUAUUCAAGAAAUUGUUCAAUAAAAAAUUAAAUCACUGUUUGAAAUAUUUGCUUUAAACAUAUGAUUAAGUGAAAAUUGACAGUUUGUGAAAAAAUUUUUUAAACAGAAAUGCCGGUUAUUGAAAUUUAUUAAACAGUAUUGAAAGGUUCAAUUGUAAAAUGUAUAUAUUUGAAGUAAGUAAUAAAGAAGACAUAAAGGGAAUCGUGGUUCAAAAUCUAAGAAAUCUCGGUAUUAAACACAGAAUAAAAAAAUACGAUUGUGUGAGUAAAGUACAGGCUACGAAAAAUAUUUGUCAGCCUGGCAAAGUGUUCGGGGUUUCCCUGGUCAGCUUGAGCACGGACGCAGUUUUCCUGAACAGCGGGGCCAUCAUCGAGGUGCCAUCUCUGGUCCUUGAUGCCUGCUGCCGCAUCCGCGAGAACAUCGAAAUGGAGGGCCUUUUCCGGAAGGCGGGCUCGUCCGUGCGGCAGAAGGAGAUCAAGGCGCUUCUGGAGCAAGGGGGACACUUGCAGCCACACCACAAUGUCAUUGACGUUGCCAACAUCCUGAAGAUGUUCUUCAGGGACCUUCCGGAACCUCUUGUACCGUACACGUUUCACGACAUCUUGCUCAGGUGUCUGUUACUGGAGGGAAAGGCAGUGGACACACUUCUCGAGACGUGCCUUCUCCUGCCGGCACCACAUCUCAACGUGCUGGCGUUCUUAAUGGAGGUCUUGAAGGAGGUGGCAGGCCACUGCGCGACCAACAAGAUGGACACUUACAACAUCGCGCUGAUCAUCACCCCGUCCGUGAUGCCGGUGGACGAGAAGCUGGCGCGGCACUUCGCCACGCGGCUUGAGUGCCACGUGAAGGUCGUGGAGUUGCUGAUCCAACACGCAGAGAUCAUCGGCAUGGUGCCAGCCUGCGCGCGCAGCUACGCUGUGCUUGCCAGGCACUCGGGGAGCAGUGACCACUCUUGGCACGGCGACAACAGCAGGAAGAAAAAGAAGAAGAAGCGCAGCAGUUCUCUCACCAGAGUGCUGAACGGCAUCAAGAAGAUGGUCGGCCGGGGCUCGCCAGAGGAGGAGGGGCCACCAGCUGUCCCAGUUGGUGCGCCGGUCUGUUCCACGCCAUGCGUACAGUCUCUCAAGAAGCGCAAGGCAGCAGACGGGGGUGGGGCCUUCUCCAGCAAGAAGAGACGUGAUGUUCUCUGCUCCCUGCCACAGAACGUAGCUCUAGCCAGUCUCCCGUACACCCCCUCCCCUUGCACGGCCAGGGUGCUGACCUUCAGCGCGGGCGGCUCGGCACCGCGCAGAACUUCAAGCAGCCGAUUUGUACGUGAAGUGAAAGUUUUAACCAGCGUACCUGUGAAGGACGAGCCCCGAGGUAGGAAGCCUGAUACCGUAAGAAGAAAGAGAAACUCUAUAGAGCGUUUGUGGGACAAAGUGAAGUGGCACAGCAGUUCUGAUGUUCCAGCAGCUGCCAACUCAUGCAAUGAAAGAGAACUACAUUCGAGCAGCGUUUCCUUCUGCAGUCUCAGUGAAUCAGACUCAACUGCAUCGGUUAAUGUCUGCGACUUUGAGAAAAAACAAUCUACAAGCAAUGAUGCAGAGUCGGACUUCGUAAAUAUUUUCAAGAGCGAGUACGAAGAUAUAAAAAAUCGUGUUACUGCUAUUGAAAGCCACAUUUUUCAAGAACUUGGCCAAGCGACAGCAGCAAAUGGACGUGGCAUUUGUGAACCAUCUGUCUGUCUCGCGUCGCCCGGCAUCAGCGAAGGAGUUAAUGCAGAAUCCGUGCAGUGUGAAUACGAGAAGAUGGUAGAGCAGUCUGUCAAGCUGGACAGUUCUUCAACUGAUCAGCUGGCCAGAAUCCUCGGUCGGGAACUGAAGAUCCGACACAGUCUGGAGAACAAAGUGAUACGUUCACCGAGCGCUCGGAAGAUUGGGACCAUCAGAAGGAGGUCAAAAGAAAACUUCAGAUCAGAACAAGCGAGUGAAGGUGGAACUACAUUAUCAAGAUGCUCUUCUUUGGGUCAGGAUGCUUCUUGCAGGAAACCCAAUACAUUCGAGCAGCAACACAGUCUGAGAAGAGGUCGUCCCAACUCGGUACAUUCCGGGCUUUCGCAGUGCAAUGGUGUCAGAUACAUCAACAUAGAGAACUUGGGAAGUGAUUCUCAGGUUGAUAUGAGGCUGGGUUUUGAGCCAGGUGAACAUGUAUCACGUCAAAGCCCAUUGCCAGCUAACGAUAGUUCUAAGAAGCUUGAGCAUUCGUCGCGUAAAGAUGACAUUCAGGCAGUAGAUGGUGGUUUCCACAGCGACCGCGGCAACUCUGAGAGCUGGACUGAGGGAUGCACGUACUUCAGAGAGGCAGGCGAGGGGUUGGGCGCGUGUCACGCCACGGGCCGGCCAUCUGUGGCUUGGCUGCGGGACGCCAAUGCCGGUGUAGUGAUGGCGAGGACACGACUGUUCGACGGCCGCAGUCCCUGCUCCACGCGCACUCCGACGAGGCAGCGCACACCGGCCCCCAGGAUCAGCCCCAGGAAGCUCGGCACACUGAGGAGGAGAACCAACAAGAGCCCCAGAUCAGGUGGGGGGAGCAAGAGCAAGAGAUCGCCGGCACACGGGGUCGAGGAGUUUAAAGAAAACCUAGAUCUGCCGCAAAUCGUGUACGGCUUGUCACCAAACCGACAGAUGGUCCACAGCACGUUCAGUGAUGAGAAAAGAGUUCUGAAGGAGAAAUCGCCUCUGAAAGAUUCCAAUGCCAUUAAACUGCGGCGUAAGGACGCACAUCCUAGCGAGAUGCCUCACAUAAAGAAACCGUUGCUCAUGGCUUCCCCGGGUUGUUAUGGCAAGACGCCACAGCGCCAGGUCGGGAAAGUGCGGAACCAUACACCUCUAAAAGCGACGACACCCCUGUCGUGCACGCCUCGAUAUUUUCCCAAAAACAAAUAAUUUCUCUCGUGGAAAUCAUAGAAACAUUUGUGAUGUGUAAGCUGAAGAUAUACAUUUGUAAUUAUAGAGGAAUUUUUAUUGUUUUUUUUUUAUUGAAUUGAUGAAACAAAUUAGAAUUUAUUGGCUUUAAAUGUAAUAGCACUUGUGAUGUAAACAUUUUUAUGAAAUAUGGAUGUGUUUUAAUUUUCUGUCAUGAGUUAUAAAAAAAAUUAUGUUACUUAAUAUUUUGCUGUGUGAAUAUAAAUUUCUUGUUUGAACUAAGUUUGAAUACGUACAAUUAUCAAAUUAUUCCAAAUGGUGAUUAUCAAAUUCAAAUAGUAACAGUUGUAAAAAAAAUUAUAUGGUGGUUUUUUAUGUUUUGAAAAUAACUUGCAUGUAAUUUCGUGCAACUAUAAUAGAUAAUUUACAUUCUAGAUUAUAAAUCUUAAACAGAACUAUAAAAAAAUAUAUCUGUCGAGGUUUAUUUUGCAGUAUUCACAAACUGCUUACGUUCCCUUGUUUUUCAAUUAUCUGAACUUGCACCAUGCUGCUAUUUACCUUUACCCUGCAAAUGUUUAAACAAAGUAUGGUUAAUAUACAGGCCCAUUAAUAUACUGAAACACAUAUAUGUUCACAUUUACAUUGUACAAAAAUACUGCUUAACCAUAAGUUUUACAAAAAAUAGUUUUUUUUCUAUGUGAAAAUUGAAUGACAUAAAAAUAUAUACUCACACAUGUCUGUUGAUUAUUGGAAAAAUUUGCUGAAUUUUAUAACUGGGUACAUCCUCAACAACCCAACAAAUUACCAUAUCACAGUCAAAACAAAUACAGUAAACCCCCAAUGUUACGGCUCCAUUUAAUACGAUUAACUCUCUCCACGAUCCCUUUUGAGGAACUGUAGAAAAUUUGUGUUAAAAUGUCAAAGUUUGAACAGAAUCUGCAUAACAUUUGUUGGAAGCACGUGCUGCAUUUCUUUUGGUGAGUGCUGUACCACACAUGAUGUAGUGGACACCUCCCUCCUGGUAUAACCUCAUUCACCCACCUACCACAGAUGUGGGUUCCAUGGCACUAGACAGGUCUUCCCACUGGCCAGCUGCCCGGAUCUUGGACAUGCUACCCUCUGUUUCUGUAUUUACUAAAACCUAAAAAAUUUGUGAUCAUGAAAAACUCAAAAAAAUAAUGCGUAAUACAAUGCUUUGAAGUUGAAACCUUAUUUUCUAGUAGUCUUCUAGUAGUCUCCCCCCACCCUCCUUUUAUGUGUUGUCUUAAUUUAUUCAAGAACUAGCCGAAGUACUCGGUGUUACCCGUACUAAACACAUCAUAAUAUAAGCAACAUCAUUACCGAGUAUAACUUGAAAAACAGGAAAUUUGGAUUUUAAAGUCCUAAUAAUUGCACAAUCUCUGUGCAUCAAGGCAAGUGCAAAAUCCGUGAUGCCAAUCUUAAGCUUUAUUUUAUGGGAAGGCAGGUAACCCCUAGGCAAGACGUGACUGACGCACCAAACGAUACCGCGUUACAAAUUCAAGGCAAUGCAAUCCAUUAAUGAAGUUCUAAACUAAACCGUUAUUAGCGCUUUUAGUUUGUUAACAGCUGCGAGCUUCUUUAAGAAGGUGGGUUUUACCAAGGAUAAGGAUAGGAAGUUGCCAGAUCUCAACUAUAUGACCAUGUGGCAGACAUAGAGAAAUGACACAAACUCACUGUUGGUGUGCCUAUAACCUACUACCUAUGAUUUUCUAUUAUAAAACUGAAUUUACCCCUUUUUCACUCCCUUAGGGAUGGAAUUGCAUAUUUUUUAUGUAGGCUAUGUUAUUCUCCAGCCCAUAAAAUAUCUAUAUGUAAAAAAUCAUGUGGAUCCAUUGUUCCCUGAAAGAAAAACAAACACACUUUCACAUUUAUAAUAUUAGUAGGGAUAGGCUUUUAUUUUGUGAAUAUUAAGUUUUCACAAAUUGCUUGUCAUAAGUAUGUCAAGAACAGUGUAUUAUAGUGAAAAAAUUCAUUAAUGAAAUUUGUUGCAAAUUUGAUUAUGAACACAAAAGGGUUUCUACAAAAGAUUUUGUAUCUACCCAUUUUAAAUUUAUUGGCAAAUUUCCACAUGCCCUGCUGUGGAUCUGUAUUGUCGGAUGUUGGAUAUGGUGUAUAAGAAAAGAUACAUUCGAGAAUCAAUAUAAAUGUUAAAACACCCAGCAAACAUUAAUAGAGAAGAUGGCUACAAAUUAAGCAAAAUAUAGAUCCCACUCUUUAGAAAUCCUCAAAACAUAGCUUCACAGCCAACAUCAGACAAAUCGCUUGAUUGGCAAGACAGCCCAGCCAACCAGAAGAAAGGAAGUCUCUGACUGACCCACAGCAGCAGCCAAUCAGGAAUCACCUUCCCCUCAGGCGAGAGUAUAUAAAGGCAGGACAACUGGUAAGAACCUCAGUAGGUAACUGCUCCCUGAUGAUGGUGACUGCAAUGUCGACCGAAACGUCGGUGAAAUGUUUGCCAAGGACACGGCUACAAACCAGAAGCCAAGCUACUUCA